CCCAAAGUCCAGCAGAAGAUUGAGCGGGACGAGGCCAGCCGGCUGCACGUCAUAGUCGUCGGUGCGGGCCUGGGCGGGCUCGGCGCCGCCAUCGCCAUCCUGCUGGCCGGGCACACCGUGAGCGUGCUCGAGAGCGCCCCCGCCAUCGGCGAAGUCGGUGCCGGGAUCCAGUGCCUGCCGAACAGCUCGCGCAUCCUGCUCGAAUGGGGCAUGGAAGCCUUGCUGGCGGCGCACUGGACGCAGCCCCGCCGCUGCAACAUGCUGGGGUGGAAGGGCCAAGCGCUCGCGCACAUGGACUUCCACGCCUAUGCCGAGGAGCUAGGCGCGCCGUUCCUGGACUUCCAUCGCGCGGGCCUGCAUCGCUGCUUGCUGGAGCGGGCGGUCGAGCUGGGCGCGGAAGUCGAGGUCAACGCGCGCGUGGUCGACGUUGUCAUCGUUGACGGCGAGGGCCGCGCCGCCCAUGUCGUGCUGCAGGACGGGCGCAGGCGCGCGGCUGACCUCGUCGUCGGCGCCGACGGGAUCAACUCCAAGUGUCGCGAGAUCUUGCUCGGGCGCCCGGACCCGCCUAUAGAGACUGGCGACCUCGCGUACCGCUUGCUGCUGAGCACGAGGGAGAUGGUCAAGGAUCCGGAGCUGCGCGGCUUCGUCGACGACCCCCAGGUCAACUACUGGAUGGGCCCGGACGCGCAUGCCGUGAACUACGUGCUCCGCGGCGGCGAGCUCUUCAACAUGGUCCUCCUAGUCCCGGACGACAUGCCCGCCGGCGCAACGACCCUCGCCGGCAACGUCGACGAGAUGCGCGCCCUCUACCAGGACUGGGACCCACGGAUCCCGAAACUGCUCGCCCUCUGCGAGAGCGUGCACAAAUGGCGUCUAUGCAUCCGGCCCACGCUGGCGCCCAGCUGGUCCCACCCCUCGGCCGCCUUCACCCUGCUCGGCGACGCCGUGCACGCCACCCUGCCGUACCUGGCCUCGGGCGCGGGCAUGAGCCUCGAGGACGCCAGCGUGCUGGGCCGCUGUCUCGCGCGGAUUGAGCGCAAUGACCCCGCGAGCAAGCGCCGUGCCCUUGCCGUCUAUGAGCGCUGCCGCAAGGCGCGCACCGAGCGCGUCGUCGAGCGCGGGAAUCUGCAGCAGCGGCUCUACCACUUGCAUGACGGGCCGGAGCAGCGCGCGCGCGACGCCCGCUUCAAGGCUUGGGACGCGGUGGAGGCGGCGCAGAAGAGAGGCGAGCAGCCUGAUUUGGACAAGCAGGGUGUUGUUUGGGGUGACGACCCGUUUCCGUGGCGUUUUUCCGGCGUGGGCGAUUGGUUGCUGACGUAUGAGUGCGAGAGGGCGGUUGAGGAGGAGUGG